AUGUCUUCCGCUGCCGCCGCCGCCGCGAUCGCACCGAACUCCGUCGCCGCCGUCGCGCCGGCCCCUGUCAUGGCGCCUGCAUCGCCGUUCCUCUCCUCGCGCCCCCUGGUCUCGGUCUACACCGGCCAGUCCUUGAUGGUGGGCGCCUCCUCGGAUCAGCCACCGCCGCCGUCACCGGUCGCGCCUCCGCUGGUCCCGGGAGAUCCUUCGUACGCUGGUCCCUGGAUGGGAUCGGCGACCUACGGGCCCUACGGGGCCGCUCCCCCGCCGCCAGCAGGCCCCUACGGGGCGGCGCCUGUCCCUGCCGGAUCGCUGCCCUACGGCCCCUACGGGGCCGCUCCUCCGUCGACGGGCCACUACGGGGCGCCGCCUGCACCCGUUGCCGCGUAUAACGCGGCAUAUGGCGCCUCGCCCUACGCGGCCGCUGCGGCUGCACCUUCUGCCGCCGUCACAGCGGCGCCCUACGCGUCUUCAAACCCGCAACCCUAUGCGGCUGCACCUGGCGCCGCGAACGCCGGGUCGGACAGGGCUCCGCCACCGCCAUUGCCCUACGGCGGCUACUACCCUCCGGCCAUGGCUGCAUCUGGUGGUUCAUCCCACAUGAGCUACUACACGUCGCCUCCUCCUGCUGAUCAUGCCGUGGCCAGUGCGCCGUUCUACUUCGCGCAUCUAAUCCCAGUGAAGCUGACGACGGACAAUUAUUUGUCGUGGCGUGCACAGGUGCUGCCACUUCUCCGCAGUCGCUACCUGGAGGGUUACGUCGACGGUUCCUUGCUGUGUCCUCCACCACAUCACCCGGCAUACCAUGCGUGGGUGGCUCAGGAUCAGGCCAUCCUUUCGGCGAUCCAGUCGUCACUCACCGAGGCGGUGUCCUCCUUGGUGCUGUUCACUGCCACGUCCCAGGAGGCGUGGUCUGCCCUUCACACCAGCUUCGCAUCUCAGCAGCAGGCCCGUGCUCACACUCUUCGUACGGAGCUGGGGGAGACCAAGCUUCUUGACCUCAGCAUUACCGACUACUUCGGCAAGAUGACGCGUCUCGCAGACACUUUGGCCUCCAUUGGUCAACCGCUUCGCAAAGAGGAUUUCACCACACCUUUGUCAUGA